AUGCCAUGGGAAACCUUCAUACCGCUCGGUCUUUUGACUGUGAUGUUUGGAGCUUCCGGAACCCUUCUGAACGCCGCUCGCAGAUUUCAAAAUGAUGGAAAGCCUCCGGAUUACUGUCUCGACAAGUGGGAUGAAAUGAUGCAAGAGAGAAACCAGCGGUUGACAGGCAGCCUUCGUGGCCAAUGUGCGGAGGAAAAAGCUCCCCUCACAUUUCAAACGAGUUCCGCCUGGCCAGUGGAAAAGGUCGCAUGA